AUGGAGGUUCUCCCAACCUCACAGAAAUUCACCGAAAAAUUCUUCAGCCUGCCAGCAAGCCGCAUUUCUACACCAAAUGAUCAUGAAUAUGACAGAGAAUGUCUCACCAAAGCAGGAGAUGGCAAUUACCAGCCACUGAGGACGAAGUUAUUACGACUUCGAUGCAACAUCUCCUGGGACAUCACAUCCCAGCGCAGCGUUGUCUCCACAGACCGCACCAGGCAGCAAAGGAGCUUCCCCAGCGACGACAAGCGCCCUACAGGAUUUUCUGAAGGUGGUCUGUGCUUCCAAACGGCCACUGUCGAACAAACCGGCGAUGACGAAUUCGUUGGCAUUUUGCCAAGCGAAGAA